GUGUGUACUGCAUAUAUGUCUACAGCACAAGUGGAAAACAGGCUAUACAUGAGCAGGGAAGCAGGCAGUCAACUCCAGAGGACCAACAGACCACAACACAGCAGCUGCACGGACUUCAUCUACCAGCCAUGAGGGUCAUUAGCAUCGGUCCAGACCCCUCUCUGGCAUAUCGGCCGAACUUGGAGAAGAAUGAAAACAAAGACAAGGAAGACUACAGAAACUUUGAGAAUGGAAGCCUAAUUGACCGUGUCUUCAGGACAUACAAGUUGAUGCACACGAACCAAACCGUGGACUUUGUAAAGCAGAAGCACUCGCAAUGGACCAGCUGCAACCACGCUCAGGUGGGAAUGAUGGACGCCAUUAUGUCCCUGGACCAGCUGGUGGACGAGUCUGAUCCUGAUGUGGAUUUCCCCAACUCCUUUCACGCCUUCCAGACUGCUGAGGGCAUCCGCCAAGCCCAUCCUGACAAAGAGUGGUUCCACUUGGUGGGUCUGAUUCAUGACGUUGGCAAGACCAUGGCUCUUUGGGAUGAACCCCAGUGGGCUGUAGUGGGCGACACCUUCCCCGUGGGAUGCAAGCACCAAAACUCAAUUGUGUUCAGAGACAACACCUUCCUCGAGAACCCAGAUGACAAAAAUCCCUGCUACAAUACCCAGUAUGGGAUCUAUGAACCCAACUGUGGGCUCGACAAAGUCCUGAUGUCCUGGGGCCAUGAUGAGUAUCUCUACAGAGUUCUGAAGUUCAACAACUGCCUGAUCCCAGAGGAGGGGAUGUACAUGAUCCGCUUCCAUUCCUUCUACCCCUGGCACUCCCACAGAGACUACAUGCACCUGUGCAAUGACAAAGACCUGAGUAUGAUGCCCUGGGUCCAAGAUUUCAACAAAUUUGACCUGUACACAAAGACCAGCGAUCUGCCCGACGUAGACAAGCUGAAGCCCUACUACCAGUCUCUGAUCGACAAGUAUUGUCCUGGAACACUGAAGUGGUGAAACCAACAGCAGAGAACUCAACGGUGACACUAUUUUGUCAGAAAUCAGCUCUUAAGAGAGGAGGAAUUACGUUCGCUGUAGACUCAGUACGGCCAGUACACACAUAUUACUUAUCACUGAAUAUAGUCCAGUCAAAUUUCAAACUUCUCAGAUUAUAUCCUGAGCAAAUGUAUAUUUUAUCUUGCGUAUACAGACACGUUCUUGAAAAUCACAUUGGUGUAUAUUGUAAACCCAUUAAUAGACAUUUUCAAAUCAAAUGUUAAUGAAAAGCAUUUUUUAUUUUUAUUAAAUGUUUAAUCUUAUAAAAACAUUUUAAUGUUACUACAA